AUGUCUUCGAAGGCCGCACUACUCGCUGUCUUGGCGGGGAGUGGCCAGGAGCAUCUCGUCGAUGACUACGACGCGCUUUCGCCAUCAGAGCAGAGGACACUGGCGACUCAAAUUCUGUCGUACACGAAUGCGCAGUGGAAACACAUGAACAUGAUUCUGCGAGACAGCCUGCACUACCUGAAUUCGAGGAACGCAGCGGCAGGUACAGUAGGGGACGACGCUGCGACGGCUGCCCCGCACAUUACGCCUCCUCCGGCGGACACGAUCAUCAACCUUCCUGCUCUCCUCGCCGAGAAGCCCAGCGAGUUAGCAGCUAUCCGAGCCGCUGGCAUGCGCGUCGUCGCGAGCGGCGAGGGGGCGGUGCUGCUGAUGGCAGGCGGAAGCGGUACCCGUCUCGGCGUGACCAUUCCAAAAGGCAUGUUCGGGUGCGACAAGCUCGUCAGCGGACGUUCGCUCUUUGCGUACCACUGCCAGCGCAUCCGCAAGAUGGAAAAGAUGGCCGCUGUCGCUGCCGCAGGUGCUGCGUCCGUGCCAGAAGGUGCCGGCCGUGGGACAAUGCCGUUACUGGUCACGACGUCAGACCAGAAUUACGCCGCGACGCAACAGUUUUUUCACGACAACAACUUCUUUGGGCUGCUGCCCGAUCAGGUGUUCUUCUCUCGUCAAAGCUCACUCCCGUGCUACGACGAGGUGACAGGGCGAGUGCUGAUGGAGGCGAGAGGAAGUAUUUGCCUCGCACCGGGCGGCAACGCUGGCGUUUACGAGAGUUUGGCCAAGGCGUCCGCCACGCCGUCUGGAAAUCAGAGCGUGCUGGCGAAAAUCCAAGCACGGGGUGUGCGCUUAGUUCAAAUCGUCAGUGUGGACAACAUCCUCGCCAGGGUGGGGGAUCCGUACUUCUUCGGCGUGGCCACAUCAUGCCAGGCGGAGGUGGUCCUCAAGACGGUGCCAAAGGUGUCAGCGACCGAGAAGGUCGGCGUCGUGGCGCAGGUGGACGGUGAAUGGGCCGUCGUCGAGUACACGGAGGUUGGGGAAAGGCGGUCCGCUGAGAAGGAUCUGGCGACAGGCGAGCUUGCUUUCAACUGCGGCAACAUUGCUUCCCACUGCUGCACCAUUGAUUUCCUGGCGCUUGCUGCCAAGUACAUGGAGACGAGCACCUUUUACCACGCAGCCCGCAAGACGAUUCCGACCAUCAACGGUCCAGCCCCCGCGAUCAAGCUCGAGGCGUUUAUCUUCGACGUUUUCCGUUACGCGAAGGACGUGCCGAGUCGGGUGGAGCGAGCCAAGAGGGCGCCGCUGCCGGACGCGGUGCAGAUUCUGCAGGUGGACCGCACUAUGGAAUUUGCGCCGAUUAAGAACGCCGAUGGCGCUGCCGCGGACACGCCAACGACCGCCGCUCAGCUGCUCUUGGACCUGCACACCAAAUGGGUGAUCGAGGCUAUCGAAGCGGCUCCGGGGACUCGUGCAGCGCCUUCGACCAGCACGGCCGGGCUGUACACUGAGCAGGAGCGUGCGACAGCGCUCCAGCGACUACGUGGCGGGCAUUGUUACUGGGAAAUUUCUCCUCUCGUUUCGUAUGAGGGCGAGGGUCUCGCGGCAUACGUAGGGCAGUUGAUUCACCGUUCUGCCACCGGCAGCGGUGUCUUAGACCUGGAGGAGGCAAAGGCGGGCACGGCGAACAUAUGA